GCACACACGCACACGCACAUACACACAGAGGGCCAUCCCUUCAAAGAGGUGUAUGUAUACGUAACUAUGCGUUUUAAUCAAAUUUUUCAAAUAUGUCGCCACUGCAUCUUAGGCUAGCCGAACUGGACCAGUUGGAACAGACCGUCAAAAGCGGGACACACCCCGAGUAUCUCAAACUCAUCAAGGAGAUCGAAAACAAACGAGCGGCUAAGAUCAAAGUGACGCAAGCUGGCUACGAGUACCAUAUGGCCAAUUUCACUGAGACUUUUGAAACCACUUGCAAGGCUGCCAAUGAUCAUUUCAUGCUGCAGCGGCAGGGAUUCCGACGACAAAUGAUGCAGCAAGUGCAGCAGCAGAUCAGUAAACUUGAACAGGAAUUUUAUUCCCACAGCAGCUCAAGCUCGUUAAACAAUCAGCAUGUGUCAGAAUGGACACCGCGCCACCGCCCCUCUAGGCUUGAUUCCGUAGUCGUUCCACUCACAGAGGAGGAAGCCAAUCACGAUAUGGCACUUAUGCGCUCCGCCGUUGCACAGCAACAAUUACGAGUACCACCACCGCCGCCUCAUCGAAAAGAGCCCGCCGCCACAACAACGCCCUCGUCUAGCUCGCCACGUCGACGCCCUGCAUCACCACUUCCUUCGUAUACGAAAUAUCAUACCACUUCAACUACUAAUGCUAUUGUUCCUCCCUCUACUACUACUACUGCUACUACUACAACUACCAUCAACUCCUCCAAUUUUCCAUCACCUACUACUGCAUCUUCAUCAUUACCCACGUUCUCCAAGGACGCUAGCGCGGCUUCGUCGACGAAUAUGACCAUCAACACUACAUCAUCUACACGCGGUAUGAAUUCAUCUUCGUCGUCUUCACCUUUACCCACCCUGGACAUGCUUGCCUCCCUGGCCGAUCGUCAAUGUCAACCGCAUUAUUCUGGAGCUACUUCAUCCUUUAUGGUACCGGAAAAGCCACCAUCAUCCCCAUCCAAACCAUUGGUCAAAUAAGUCUCUCUUGUUUCCUUCUUUCUUUUUUUCGCUAAACGUUUUCUUUAUCUACUAUAACUCUUCUUUGGCUUUCGUGGUUUUUUUUUGUUGCAAGGAUUAAACAAAUCUUUGAUGUUUUCUUUA